GCCUGUUCCGAGCUCAGAAUAACGCAAGAGACUACACACGGAGAGACACACGCACACACAGAGACCUUUUAUCUGGUUCACUGCAAAAGCCCGAUCACACUUGGAUUAUUAACUAUGACUCUGGAAGAGAUCCACGGACAAGAGAACACGAUGGAAAACGCAGAUAGGGUGCAAAGUGCAGGCGCAGCCCUGGAGGAGCUGCUGGUCGCUGCCAAGAAGCAGGACUACCUGACAGUUGGAGUUUACGAAUCUGCUAAAGUCAUGAAUGUUGACCCAGACAGCGUGGCGUUCUGCGUCCUCGCCACCGACGAGGAGUACGAGUGUGACAUCGCCCUCCAGAUCCACUUUACCCUCAUCCAGGCUUUCUGCUUCGACAACGACAUCAACGUGGUGCGCGUCAACGACAUCGAGCGCCUGGCCGACCUCGUGGGUGCAAACGAGACCGGCGAGCCCAAGGACGCGCACUGCAUACUUGUCACGAGCCCCAGUGCAAACCCAUGGAAAGACCCUGCUCUGGACAAGCUGAGCCUGUUCUGCGAGGAGAGCCGCAGCGUGUACGACUGGGUGCCCACCAUCACACUCCCAGAGCGCUGAUCCCACUGAUAAAGCUUCACAUGAUGAUGAUGAAGACGAUGAUGAAAAGAAAAGUCAUGGAGCUGAGCUUCAGCUGCUGGGGGUGUCAAGCCUUUUCCGCCUCACUUUUCUGGAUUAAGAGGCUAGUGGGCUGCAACUCCCCACACACACGCACCCACCACCCCCUUCCUCCUCCUGCAAGAGCUCGACCUUCCAGUGCAUUCUGGGUCAGCACGUUGGUUCUGGAUUACCCUGAGGAAAGGGGGUUCAAGUUGAGAGGUCAAGUGUGGACUAGGUCAGGUGCAUGUUAGAGUGGACAGAAAAAAGCCUGAUGGACACUGAGAGGGAUGUUGGACCUGCAGGAAAAGAUGCUAAGUGGUGACCCAGUGGACCGCCCUAGAUAAUAGGCACUGGGAAUGUGAGCAGAGAAGGUCACAGAUGAAAGAGACUGUGCAAGAAAUGGGACUUAUGAAAGUGUGGAGGCUCCACUGAUUCUCAUCAGUGGGGAACAAGGAAGAUGCUGGUCCUGAAGAUGGUAUCAGAAAAAUGUCUGAAUGGACUUAACUUUUCUUUGCCAGUGCAGCUAUCAGGAAGUUCUUGGAAUAAGCAGAGACUUUGCUUGCAAAUCCUGAUUUCAGCUGUGUCUGUAACUGUGACACUUAUUUUUUUCAUGGACUAUUGUUUUUACUUUAAAAUAUGCAGAGAAAAUGAUGCAAUAUUCACUUGAACUGUACUCAUUUUUAAUGUUUUGUGAAUAAAUAUUUGGAAUCAAACUCA